AUGUUUUCAUCUCUUUCAAAUCAUUUUAAGAGCACAUCAUCUCUUUUCUUGAACAUGGUGAGAUGGAAUGGAAUUUAUACUGAUGAAGAAAAUGUGAAUUUUGCCAGACAGGAUGGACUGAAUAGGACUCAUGAUGAAGAUGAAGAACUAGCCCUUUCCUUGGAGCUUGGUGCACAGGUACAAGACCAAAACUAUGAAUCCCAAGUGUGCACACAAAAUGUUCAAAAUACACUGAUCACUACUUGGGAGGCUGGCUGGAAUGUAACCAAUGCUAUUCAGGGGAUUUUUGUUCUAGGCUUGCCAUAUGCUCUCCUCCACAGUGGAUACAGUGGGCUGCUUCUUAUUAUCCUCGCUGCAGUCUUCUGCUGCUACACCAGCAAAAUUCUUAUCGCUUGCCUCUAUGAGGAGAAUGAAGAUGGGCAGCUUGUGAGAGUGAGAGGCACAUAUGAAGACAUCGCUAACGCUUGCUGCAGAAGGCUGUUUCCAAAACUUGGUGGUAGAGUGGUCAACAUGACCCAGCUGAUGGAAUUGAUCAUGACGUGCAUUUUGUAUUUGGUUGUCAGUGGGAACUUGCUGUCACAUAGCUUUCCAGAUCUACCAGUGACCGAGAAAACGUGGUCCAUAAUUGCAUUUAUUGGUCUGCUGCCAUGUGUGUUUAUCAAAACCCUGAAAAUUGUAUCCAGACUCAGUCUCCUCUGCUCCUUGGCCCAUUUUGUCAUCAUAUUUGUAGUGAUCACUUACUGUUUGACCCAAAGACAUCGUUGGUCUUGGGCAAGGUUCAGUCUGUCGGUAGAAUUUGAAAGCUUCCUGAUUUCUGUUGGUGUGAUCAUUUUUAGUUACACUUCACAAAUUUUCCUUCCUACCCUUGAGGAAAGUAUGCAGAAUCCUAGAGAGUGUACGUCUAUGUUGAACUGGACGCAUUUCUUGGCUUGUAUAUUCAAGACAAUCUUUGCAAUAACGGCACUGCUAACAUGGGGGGAAGAAACAAAGGAGGUUAUUACUGACAACCUUCCUUCAUCCUUACAGACUUCAGUGAACUUGUGUCUCUUGGCCAAGGCACUCUUGUCCUACCCAUUGCCCUUUUUUACAAUCACAGAAAUCUUGCAUACUUAUGUAUCACCUAGGGACAAAGUCAAUUAUAAAUCACCAUGGCUUGCUGUCUUUUUAAAAAGUGUCCUCCUCUUCUUAACUCUGCUGAUGGCCAUGUUCAUACCACACUUUGUCCUUCUGAUGGGUCUAACUGGCAGUGUUACUGGUGCAGCUAUGACCUUCCUCCUUCCUUCUUUUUUCCACCUAAAGCUGAAAUGGAAAAAGCUGAUGCAAUUUGAGAAAUGUGCAGACAUAUCAAUGUUUAUCUUGGGCAUCGUCUGUACCCUAGCUGGCCUUGUAUGCUCGAUAAAAAGUUUGUUGAAAGCUUUUGGGUAA